UUUGUAUUCGUAAAAAAUUUGUAAUUUGAUUAAGUGUUUACGCCUAGAAUAGUGUUACUUUUUAGACUUUUAAAAUACUCAUUCGCAUUUGCUAUUAGUUUAAUGCUUAUAAUAUUCAGUAUUAUUGUUUUGACGUUGUGCUUUCAAGUAUUUUCCAACAUCACGAACGUUUUUGGAUCCAUAAAUCAAUUGAUUUUGAACAGCAAUGUGUUUCAGUUGCUUCUCACAACUUAGACCUCGCUACAAACGUCUCGUUGAUGAUAUAUUUCCUACCCUUCCUCAAGAUGGCCUCGUCAAAAGUAAUAUGGAGAAACUUACUUUUUACGCUCUCUCAUCUCCCGAGAAACUCGAUCGUAUCGGCGAAUAUUUAUAUCAAAAAGCGAGUCGAGACAUCACCCGCCGACGAGAAGGUUACGUAAAAAUCGCCAUGGAAGCUAUGGAUCAACUUCUAGUCGCUUGUCAUUCCCAAACGCUUAAUUUAUUCGUCGAGAGUUUUCUCAGAAUUGUUCAGAAAUUGCUGGAAUGUCCUGAACCAGAACUGCAGAUUCUCGCCACUCAAUCUUUCGUGAGAUUUGCCAAUAUUGAAGAAGAUACUCCAUCGUAUCAUCGACGAUAUGACUUCUUUGUUUCCAAGUUCUCAUCUAUGUGUCAUAAUAACAAUCAAAAUUUACAGAUAAGAGAAAGAAUUCGUCUUGCUGGCAUUAAAGGAUUGCAGGGCGUAAUUAGAAAAACAGUAUCGGAUGAUCUUGUUGAAAAUAUUUGGGAACCGGUUCAUAUGGAUAAAAUCAUACCAUCUUUAUUGUAUAAUAUGCAGAAUCCUCGGUAUAAAGCUGAGGAAGAAUGUUUAUCUGAUCACGCAGAUACAAAUGAAUUACUGAAUUGUAACGAACACGAAGAGAAAGAUCCUGCUGUGUUGGCUGAAUCUUGUUUUCGCGAACUUGUUGGUAGGGCUUCAUUUGGGCAUGUGAAAAGCGUGAUUCGACCGGUUUUAAGACAUUUUGAUUUACAUAAUUUAUGGGUGAAUAAGUCAUUCGCCAUACACUGCUUUCGAUUGAUUAUGUUUUCUAUUCAAUCUCAAUACUUAUACACAGUAAUCGAAAGUUUGAUGAUACAUUUGGAUGAGAAUUCCAAACUACCGUCGAAAAUCCGAACCAAUGUUGCGGAUGUUUUAUCAAAAAUUAUCGCUGUUGCAGCUGGAGAAAGUGUUGGUCCUACUGUAUUGGAAAUUAUCAAUUCAUUAUUGACGCAUUUACGUACCUCGGUUACCAGACAGAGUGCUAACAACAUCAGCGAAUUCAUUGAUGGGGACGAAAAGAAUUAUCAAGAAGCUUUGAUAGUUGCAUUAGGAGAAUUUGCAGCUCACUUGCCGGAUUAUCAAAAAAUAGAAAUAAUGAUGUUCAUCAUGUCGAAGAUUGCCUAUUCAAAAUCUACCGCAGGCUUUUCCAAGGUUGAUGAUCGUAUUCAACAUAUUUGUUUGAAGUCAUUAUUGAUGGUAUGCUCUAAAUACAGUUCUAUCCACAUGACGGCUACACUGCCUCAGUCGUUUUUGGAUCCAUUGCUGCGUUGCUCUCAAGCUGUAGAUCCGCAAGUACGGUUGCUUGUUCAAAACGUGUUACACAUGCUGUUCGAUCGGCAUGGCAAUGGAUCAAAGCUCUCUAAACCGACAUUGGAAUUUAGUGGAUUAAAUAUAACGUAUGAGAAAUGUUCGCGAACUGAUUCAAUUUUCAUGCGUAAACAUAGUCCCGAAUUAUACGCCAGCUUAUGCGAAUCAUUGGAACACAAAAAUAAUUCCAUCGAUAAUGUCGAAGCUAUUUACAAAACAAUGGCUUUAUUAUGCAUUGAGCUAACUUCCGAAGAGACCAUCAGUGACUUCUUCCACGCUAUAUUUAAUAUUCAAGAUUUGGCUUUAACCAACGAUUUCCUACCUCACGUUCUCAAGUAUCAAUUACAUACAAUCGUCGUUUGUUUACUUUCACUCGUGGCUUAUAUUCAUUCCAUUCCUACCCUCCAAGAAUACGUUAAUACGAUAAUUGAAAAUCGUAAAGAAGCGAAAGCUCUUCAUUUGAUGCCAGAUCUUUGCAUGCAUUAUGAAAUUCUACCCGAAUUCGCGUUACCUAAUGGAGUGUUGAUUGAUCAAGCGCAAUUAAUCGAAUGUUUGAAUCAGGCUGGAAUAGAUAUUACUAAAUUGGCUUCAGAAGGUGCUGCUGCCCUGGGUAAACACAAUGUACCAUUGGUGCAUCGCCACAGUUGGGUUGAAAAUGCUCCUGUGUCGAGUUUAACAGAUUUCAGUUUCAUUGAGUGCAAUAGUGAUGCAUCUUCACCAUGUAUCGAACGUAAAUAUCCUAAUGAAGAUCUAACUUUUGAAGCCAUGAAACGAGUUCUAACUGAAAGCUCUGAAAAGCAACGCGAAGAAGAAGCUGCUCGAAAUACUAAGCUUUUUGAGCAAUAUAAAUUAUCGUCGUUCAACGAAUUGGUUGAAAUAUCGACUAGAAAAGAAGGAGAUACUUUACAGUAUAAAUUGGGAGAGAUUUUCAAUAAGUUGAAUGUUGAUGGUAUCCGAUCUCCUUCAAAAAAUGAAUGCGAACCGAAUGAGUGUUAUAAGCCACUAUUAGAAACAUUGUUUCCAGAAUGUUUCGUUUAUUAAUUUUCAUUUCUAGUUACCUUGUUAUUAUUACCUGACAAUGUUAUUUAUUCUUUUUUUGUUGAAAUGCUUUUUCUAAUUGUUAAGUACCUGUGCAAAGGUUGUGUUGAAUUUUUCUUCUGUUGACUAAUUCUAUUUUAUUUUUUUCGCUUGGAAAGAAAUAUUGAUUAUAGCUAUGAUUAAGUUUGGAAAUUCUGUUUAAUGUCGUGUGGUGUCAAGAGUGUUGACCGAAAUAUUUUCCGAAAAAGUGGUGAUGAAGUGACGAGUAUUUUUUAAGUUGAAGUAUUUUUUCAAGUUUCAGAAAAUUAUCAAUUUUUUCUCUUACUCAAUGAUCAGUAUUAGUUCGCAAUUUGCAUUUAAUAUCAACUAGGUUUAUCCAUUCUCUAGUCAGAUUUUAAAUUACUUUGUAAUUUUUUGUUAUUGAAAGUAAUAAAUUCCUAGAUGUGAA